GGGCGUACAGUUUUGCAAACACUGGAUUAGCCGUCUGGCCAAUAGUGAUGCUCAGGAGAUUAUUUAAACAGCAUCUAAAAAAAGCUGCCCACUCAAUGCCCUGCUCACAGAGUGGAAGUGAACAACACUUGCUUGUGGAGUCGAGCUGCCUGUCGCAUGCCAUGUCUGCCUUCUACCGGCUACUUCUCCUCCUGUCUGUGGCCGUGGCCUCUGUGGCGGCCCGCAGGUCCCAGCGGGCGAAGAGAGGCCUGCUGGAGCUGGCAGGCGUCAUCAAGUGCAGCACGGGGAGAUCGGCCUUGGCGUACAUGAUGUACGGAUGCUACUGUGGCCUGGGUGGUCAAGGCUGGCCCCGGGACCAGGCAGACUGGUGUUGCCACCGGCACGAUUGCUGCUAUGGAGACGCAGAACGUCUGGGCUGCCAAACCAAAACCGACCAGUAUCAGUGGACUUGUGAGGACAAGACAGCCGAAUGCGACGAUUUGAAGGACAAAUGUGAAAAGCUGCUGUGCAAGUGUGACAGAAACGCUGCCAGGUGUUUGAGGAGAGCACCUUUCAUCCGAAAGUACGCCCUAUGGCCCGACUUCAUGUGUGGGUACAAACAACCGAUGUGUAACAUUUACUGACACAAUAAACGCAUCUGCACGUCC